AUGUCUCCCACGAUGCAACUCGCGCCCCACACCACCACCUACACUCCCACCUCUGAUGCCAUGGACCGUCACGAGUACGGCGUUACCAAGAACCGCAAGGCGGCUUCGACUGGAGGAGGCCGAGCAUGGAGCGAGGACGAGGAAGUUUAUCUCCUCCAGACUCGUCUCCAGAAGAUGCCCUACAAGCACAUUGCCGCUCACUUGAAGAAGACCGAGCUGGCUUGCCGCCUGCACUACCACCAGCUUAGCCACGGCAGCAACCGCCGCAAGCAGCGCACGACUUCGGUCUCGUCUGGUUCCUCCGCGAACCACUCCCCUGUCAUGCAGCCCACGAUGCCCUCCCCGAUCCGAGAGUCGACUCCUCGCUCCGUUUCUCCCCCGGGCAGCUCGCACAGCUUCGCGCCUGUCUCGCCUGCUCCCAUGCAACUGCCCAGCAUCAUGGGCCACGGCGCCUCGCCGCGUCUCCCCGCCAUCCUCCCCAAGCCGGUGUGCAUGACCCUGCCGCCCCGUACCGCCUCUCCCUCGAGAGGAUAUCCCACUCCCCUCCCGGAGCCUCACAGCGCGGCCCUCCCCUCCGCCUCCUUCCAGUCCAUGUCCAGCAGCCUCCCCAUGACGCCCCCGCUGCGUCUGGAGUGCACGCUGCCAGCCCCUCAGCAACCUCCCGUCAACCACCAGCACGUUGAUAUGAACCGCCUCCAAAACGUAUACACUGCCCACCGCGCCUCCUUUUGGGCCGCCGUCGCCAACGACUACGGCCCGGGUGCCAACCCCGUCGUCCUCGAGUCCGCUUGGAAGAACGGCUCUUGCUGCAACCAGGCUAGCACGCCCAUCACCCCGACCUCCAGCCCGGAUAACAUGGACCGUGACACCUACGGCAAGCCCCAGGACAAGACUCGCAUCUCUGCGAUUCUCGGCAUCGACGCCAACCCCCGCUCUCCCCGCGAGCGCGAGCUCGUCAGGCGCAUGGAGGAAGAGAGAGUCGGAGCCUAG